CACCUUCCUUCUUCUUUCUUCUUAUUGGGCAAAAAAAAAAUGGCUUCCAAGUCUUUGGUUCUAUUGGGUCUCUUUGUUGUUCUUCUGGUUGCCUCGGAGGUCGCAGCUAGAGAUCUUGCUGAAACCUCCACCCACAAGAACAAUGAAGUCGCUGAGGAAACACAUCACCCGGACCAGUACGGAGGACGAUAUGGCGGCGGCGGUCACUACGGCGGAGGAGGUGGUCACUACGGCGGCGGAGGCGGUCACUACGGCGGCGGAGGUGGUCACUACGGAGGUGGAGGCGGCCACCGCGGGGGAGGAGGAGGAGGUGGUUGCCGCUACGGCUGCUGCUACAGAGGAUACUAUGGCUGCUCAAGGUGCUGCUCUUACGCCGGCGAGGCUGUCCAAACUCAGCCGGAGAACGAGCCUGGUCACUAAAACCUAUACAUACAUAUAUAUAUAUGUAGUAUGCGAGUGUGUAUGCAUGCAUGUACUUACACACGUGUGUGUACGCAUGGGAAAACGUCAUGGGGCUUUCAUAAUGAAGUACGUACGUACGUAAAGUGUAUGCACACCAUGACUUAAUUAAAUAAAACGACGACGAAGUUUCUGUAUUUUUCG